GCGCGGACCCGGCGGACCCGGCGGACCCGGCGGCGGCGGCGGCGGAGCGCGGCUGGGGCUUGGGCUUCCGACCCCGGGCGGCGGCUCUCGGAGCGCCCGGCCCCGGGGGCGCCCGCCAUGGCCUCCAACUUUAACGACAUCGUCAAGCAGGGCUACGUGAAGAUCCGCAGCAGGAAGCUGGGGAUUUUCAGACGAUGCUGGUUGGUUUUCAAGAAAGCAUCUAGCAAAGGACCCAGAAGGUUAGAAAAAUUUCCAGAUGAAAAAGCGGCUUAUUUCCGUAACUUUCAUAAGGUAACUGAGCUUCACAACAUCAAAAAUAUAACCAGACUGCCUCGAGAAACGAAGAAGCAUGCCGUGGCAAUUAUCUUUCAUGAUGAAACGUCAAAGACAUUUGCUUGUGAGUCAGAGCUGGAGGCCGAGGAAUGGUGCAAGCACCUGUGCAUGGAGUGUCUGGGCACGCGGCUCAACGACAUCAGCCUGGGGGAGCCCGACCUGCUGGCGGCCGGGGUGCAGCGGGAGCAGAACGAACGAUUCAAUGUUUAUCUUAUGCCUACACCAAAUCUGGAUAUUUAUGGUGAAUGCACCAUGCAGAUCACUCAUGAGAAUAUCUAUCUCUGGGAUAUCCACAAUGCCAAGGUCAAACUGGUGAUGUGGCCCCUCAGCUCCCUGAGGAGAUACGGUCGGGACUCCACGUGGUUCACCUUCGAGUCGGGCAGAAUGUGUGACACGGGAGAAGGACUAUUCACUUUUCAAACAAGGGAAGGAGAAAUGAUCUAUCAGAAGGUGCAUUCUGCGACACUGGCCAUAGCUGAGCAACAUGAGAGAUUAAUGCUAGAAAUGGAGCAGAAGGCCCGGCUUCAGACAAGCUUGACUGAGCCAAUGACUUUAUCCAAAUCCAUCUCCCUUCCUCGUAGUGCCUAUUGGCACCACAUCACCCGUCAGAACAGUGUUGGAGAGAUCUACGGUUUGCAAGGUCAUGGGUUCGGUCCAUCCAAGAUGUCUCGUGCACAGACAUUUCCCAGCUACGCCCCUGAGCAGAGUGAAAAUGCUCAGCCACCUUUGUCAAGGUCCAGCAGCUAUGGGUUCAGCUACAGCUCCAGCCUCAUUCAAUGACACAGAGAGGCCACUGCUGACCAGAGAGACAGUCUGUCCUGGACCCACCUGCGGGUCGCUGCGCCCUCUGCCUCCCGGAAGACCAAUUGCAGUGACAUUGACUGGGGUCGGGUCGAGCCUGGAUCCCAAGGGAAGGUUCAACAUUGGAGUUCUGCUUCCUUACUUCAGUGGCUAAGUCCUUUAUUUAUUGAGUUUCUAUGGGGGAAAUCUAUGUUUUACAAAAGUAGAAUCCAAGUCGUACGAACAGUCACGUAAAUACACUACGUUCUUAGGGGCUGACAGGGGCCGAGGUCUUGGCACGAGGGCCAGUUACCCGCCUGGUGACGGCAGGCACGGACGCCCACCCCGGCCUCCUGCCCCGGCGCAGGGUCGGCCCUGACACACUCAGCUGACCCGCCACUAGCUCUGCAGCUUCUUUUGGUUUUGACAGAGACAAACCUAGUAAACUCUACAAGUGAUCGUUCAACUCUUCCUAGAAAUAAGCCCAGUGAAAAUGAUAAGGGAACCUGAAAUCAGAACACUCAAUUAAACAGGACCCUAUCGCUCUAACGGUGUGUGUUUGCGUGUGUGUGUGUGUGUGUGAGUGUGUCGAGGCAAAUGCAGACUCGGAUAUGUUACGAUAUCCAUCUCUAUAGAACAAGUAGAUAUCCACGUGCUAAAGGUGACAGGAUAUGCUCACUUCAACUGUUGAGAACUGUAUGUGUUGCAUUAAAAUCAUGAUUGUUAUUGUUGAAUAGCUCUUCUUAAAAUAGUGCUAUUGUUUUUUUUCUUUAAAAAAAAAAAGGCUUCUUAUUAUUGAAAGUAUUUCUGUUGUCCAGUCUGCUCCUGUGACCAGAGUUAAGUGAACACAUGAGAAGGAGAAUGUUCUGGAAACACAAAAGGCAGCCUGGGUGUCACACACACACCUGUCUGGUUUGUGCUGCUUUGUCCUUGAGUCUGUCUCUCCCCUUGCCACCCACCUGAGCUGCGUGAGGAAGAUUCCCUGUGAUCAUCGAUCACCUUCCACUUAACCCCGGGUGGGGAAACACAAAAACAGACUUCCACAACCCCAGCCAUUAUUUUGCCAUCAGGCUUAGAACAGACAGACACAGGACGGUCAAUGGGAAGAUUUAGAAUUUCCCAGAGACCUUUCCCAGGAGCCCUCUGGGGAGGGAGGACUGGCUAGCCUUGAGAUUUCUUUUUCCUUGUAUUGGACUUGUUUUGUCUAAAAUUAUAUAAGGAAAGGGAUCCAAUAUAAAUUUCUCAGCCCUGACACGAAGGACAACUUUGCAAGGUUUAAGAAGAAGUGACAAUUUCCAUGUGAACAGAGGAACUAAUUCUAGUCAACAUACAUGUUUGCCUUUAGCUUAGGCAGUAAAAAAUAAAAUAAAAGUUAUUCUGUGGGGAUCACGUGAUACCAUGCGUCUUACAAUUAUCUUACAUCUACUCUAGGGUGAGUUUGAAGACCAGAGAGGCCUAGACAGGCAAGAGGAAAGAAAAGUUGACCUUAUUCAUUAAAAUGGUAAAAUUAUUUUCACUAGCACAGUUAGUCUCCACCAAGGUCCCCCUUUUCCCUGAUCCCUGAUAGCAUUUUUUCACCCCUUAGCUUGAGAGCAGAUAGGCAAUUCGUGUCAGCCAAUGACUACUGCAUCGCAAUGGUUCUGCCUUUGUCCUGCUGAAUGUGCGCUCAGAGCCGGGAAGGGAACGCUCCCCACCCGCACAGGUAUGAAAACCCCACCCGCGGCUCCUCCUAAGCCUUCGGGGAUUCACAAAGACAGCCUCAAAGAUGGAAAAUCACUCCCAACUGUCUCAACUGUGAGUUCUGCUGACACAGCAGCCUUCUUUCCCUGGAACCCAGCUUUCAGGGUUCACACCCCUCAAGUUCCUUUUCCUAAACGAGGCAUUUGCUGUAGGGAUGCCAUUCGUCAAAGGCUCCAGAGCAACUCCCAAGCUGAGAGCACCGCAGCGCAGCUCCUGGCUAGCAGGCCCCGGCGAGCCCCGGGCCGGCCCACUCAGUCGAGCUGAUGCUUAGCCACAAGUUUCUACCAGGGACUUAUGGGAAAGACCCUCAGGGUGGGGGGGGGUCCACGUUCGCAUCUCAGCUUUAUUAACGUGCCAGAAGCACAGACAGCAAGUCCACGGGGUUUCUGCGAAUGACACGCGUCGGCCCUUGUGGCUCUCUGGUAGCAGACAGGUGUCCGCAUGAAGUAGUUUCCAGAAGGCCUUUUGGUGUUACCAAGAAGGAUAGUGGGUAAGCGAUCAGUCAAUAAGAACCCUGGGCCAGUUUAUUCUGAACAUAAUGUCACUCAAACAUUCAAACAGUGUGAUCAAGGAAUUAACUUCCUGGGUCUUGAACCCAGUCCCAUUCCAGUGAGAGAAGACUGGAAAAGACAUCAUGGUCCAUUUAGGGAGCUUGGUUCCAGCCUCUCCAAGUGUACUUAACCACACAGCUAAAUCACAAAGUGUUAACGUGAAGAGAUAGGAGACUUUGUAGCCACUGAAGGUACCUGACACAAGGCAGUGUUCAUUGCAAUCAAAAUAACAAGCAGAGAAAUCUACAAAAACCAAAGAUGGGAAGUUACUCAAGCCUGCCUCCCGGAACUUCGGUAAAAACCAAUUCCACUGGAGUUAGCAGAAAGGCUUGUGGAGGUCUGCUCCACUCAGCUGAGUUCGUAGGUCUGUAAUGGAAGAUGGCUUGACACUUUGCAAGUCCUUCCUCCCUUCAGAGAUUAUAUGAUAUCUUGAAUAUACCUGACACGCAACGUUUCAUAGUAAGGGAAGGAUUGCUACGAACCAAAGACAUCUUUUGACUCCUUCUGAGUGUGACUCCAUGGAGUUGCACAAGAUCCACACAGAUGACUGGCAAGGGUCACUAUUUCCUACAUCAAGUUGGAAAAGAACAAUGAGGAAAAUCCCAGCAGGCAUAACUAUUUGGCUGACAGCAGAGAUCACCCCAAGGUAUAUGCCUUUCAAGAAACAUGAUAUGGGGGGAUUGGUUUCUUAUGUCCCCAGGCUUUGCUUCUGAUCGUAGUAAUGUACACGUGACCAACUUAGGAUUUUCUACUUCAUGUGAAUAAAAGUACAAAUGGCCAUGACCUAAUAGCUCAGUAGUUGGAGGAUGGGGGCAGAUAAAACACUUCAGUAAUUUAUUGAACCAACAGUGAGCACACAAGGCUAAUUUAUUUAGGCAGACUGAAAAUAUUUACGGUUCAAAUGGUUCUGGCCACUACCACAAUUUGAUUUAAUGAAAUGGAAAUUAUAUAUUUACUUAUAUCUUAGGGAAAAUGCUAUUUGAUAGAGCAUGUAAAAUAAAGUGCAAAAUACUUACUAACACUAAAUCUCACUUCUCUCACCAAGUAGUAACUAGUACUAGUAUCUUGUAGGAUUAUUCCCUGACUUUGUUAGACAGUUACGUUUGAAAAGCAUUCAUCACUGUAAAGCAGUCAGCCAUUUAUACGUACUAUCCAACAUAGGGGCAGUGGACUGAUAGCUUUAUACUGUUAGUACUUUCUACAAACCCAAUUUAUUGCAUGUGGUAUCUUUAUAAUAGAUAUUAAAAAUACAUCCUAAAGAUGGAUGUCUACCCCUCAUUCUUGGGCCAAUAUCUACAAAAUCUUGAAACUUGCUUCUUUAAUUAUUGGAACCAUUUACCAAAACCAUUAGUGUGCUACCAUGAAAAAAGCUAAGAAAAUUGUAUUAUUACUUUAAAAAUCAAUUUGACUAGUCUAACACAACACAAUAAAUUGCCACAAUACCCUCACUGAAUUUGAGGCCCCAAACACUUCAUGUUUUACAAAAAGAAAAACUUUCCAAGUGAGAAUUAUACAAUUUUCUGAUUUUAUUAAAUGUUACAAUAUCUUGCAAUUCCCAGUUAUUUUAUCAAAUCAUUAAUUAAACAAUUUCUGUACCACCACUCUCUCAGAAUAGAUUUUUUUAAUUGCACCCUUGGUAUGCAUUAAUAAUUAAAAGAGUUGGUGAUAUGCUAUAGCAAUUAAUUUCUGCCUUAUAAAACCAUAUAUUUGCAGACUGUGGAAUUUACAGUGUGCAAUUACGCAUGGAAAUAGUAGAGACAGAGGAUGGUGACUAAAUGAUAAUAAAUCCACUGGAAUGUGCAGGGUAACCGGCAGGCUCUAUGUACCGGCUGUAUUACCCCAGGUCAGUGUCCUGGACUUGGCCUUAGCUCUAAUGCUAUCUUGCACUGCAUGUCAGUUGAAGAAGACAUUAUCCAGGUGCUCUCAGGACUACAGAAAGGCAGAACACUACCAACAGAUGCCUCUUGCAGUUUGGUGAAACUAUUUUACUCCAAGAGAAUGUAUAAGAUGAGAAUCACUUUUCUAUGGCCAUUUCAAUUAGUCUAAUCAUUAUGCUGUAUUACCAGUGAGCUUUGGUAGGGGCUAAAAUUAUGAGAGGAUUUCAACAUUCUUACAUAAGUAAGCAUACCCAGGCCUUCCUACUCAAGAAUGUGAAUCUGUGUCACUGCUACAAUUAUUUCAACACAGGAGACAUAAAUACCUUACAGACCCAUGUAGACAUCUCAUAAAUGACUGGCAUUUUUUUUUCUGGACAGUUGUAGUGCUAGCUGUCUCUGAAAGCAAUCUUAAAGACCAUGUGGAUUACAUAAAGGUCUUAACUGUUUAUAUUUGUCCUGGGAGAAAACUGAAAUCCAUGGAGACUGUAAUCUGAUUGAAGGCAAAGAAAUUGCCAGAAAUGGUUCCUCUACUUCAGUCCUGGACUUGAACUUGACUCACAAGCUCUUUCCUUAGAGAUGACUGGAGU